GGAGCCAAGCGAGGAGCGGGCGCAGCCGAGGCGCACAGAGGCCAGGCGCGCAGCCCAGCGCAGCCCAGUGGAGCGCUGCGCAGCCCAGCCCGGAGCCGCGGAGCCCGACCGCCCGCAGGAUUUGAGACACAAACCGGGCAGCCUUGAACUAGUUCAUGGAGGAGCCGCAAGAGACACUGUCCAGGCAAGCUCUCCCUUGGAGAGGGAAGAGCAGAGAGUGAGGGAGGGCGGCGCAGGAGUGGACAUGAACGCUGGUUUUCAACGAGAACAGCGUUUCAGUUUUGGUCAUCGGAAGUGGUGCCUGCAGCACAGAAGCGCGUGAAUUCCCUCCACGGCUCUGGAUCUCCAACACGGGACUACAGGGGAGAAGAGGCUGGACGGAGCCACCUGCGGCAUCCAGCGCGGCUUCUCUCCGCCGGGACCAGGGAUGACGGGGCCAUGCACACAGCCGUCUCCAGCCCUCAGCACUUCACAUAGCACACAGGGGACUCAUGGGGGGCCACUCGCCACUGCCAACUGAGACAACACGAUGGCAACAUUGACGUCCCUCAUGACGUUCCCACGACAGACAUUCAGGCAGAAGGUGCUGGCGCACGUUCUGUCUGCAAAGUAGAGGGCCAUGCCUCACCCACGUGAAUAGUUUGAGCCCCAAUGACUUGCUCUGAGUCCACUCACAGCCAGUGACACUUGCAGAAAACUCCCGACACCGUCUUGGGUCUGGCUUCCUCCGCUCUUGACCAAUGUGGCCAAAGCCAGACGUCUCCUUGGGACACUCGGAUUACCCAUAAAUGCAGCCCGCCCCGACCCUCCCUGAGUAGCACCGGAAGUCUCCGCGGAGGUCAUGGAUCCUGAACAAAGUGUCAAGGGCACCAAGAAGGCUGAGGGAAGUCCCCGGAAGCGGCUGACUAAAGGAGAGGCUGUUCAGGCCAGGGUUUCGGCCAGUGCCCCGUUCCCAGGCGGCGGCACAGCUGUCGCCCCAGAGGGCCCCCUCCAAGAGCUCCUCGCCCCGCAGCCCUUCCCAGGCCCCUCGCCGGUUCUUAGGGAAGGCUCUCAGGAGAAAACGGGCCAGCAGCAGAAGCCCCCCACGAGGUCCUCCAUCGAAGCCUCUGUCCACGUCUCCCAGCUUCCGCAGCACCCUCUGACACCAGCAUUCAUGUCGCCGGGCAAACCUGAGCACCUCCUGGAGGGGUCCACCUGGCAGCUGGUCGACCCCCUGAGACCUGGACCCUCAAGCUCCUUCAUGAGCCCUGGGCUCCCUCCUCAGAGCCAGCUCCUGCCUCCCCACGCUUCCAUCAUCCCCGCCGAAGACCUGCCCGGCCUCCCCAAAGUCUUUGUGCCCCGUCCCUCCCAGGUGCCCUUGAAGCCCACAGAAGAGGCCCCCAAGAAGGAGAGGAAACCCCAGAAACCGGGCAAGUACAUCUGCCAGUACUGCAGCCGGCCCUGCGCCAAGCCCAGCGUGCUCCAGAAACACAUCCGCUCGCACACGGGCGAGAGGCCCUACCCCUGCGGCCCCUGCGGCUUCUCCUUCAAGACCAAGAGUAACCUCUACAAGCACAGGAAGUCCCACGCCCACCGCAUCAAAGCCGGCCUGGCCUCGGGCGUGGGCAGCGAGCUGUACCCCCCGGGGCUGGAGAUGGAGAGGAUCCCGGGGGAAGAGUUUGAGGAGCCCACCGAGGGAGAGAGCACCGACUCGGAAGAGGAAACGGGCACGGCGUCCGCUCACCCCGCAGAGCUCUCCCCCAGGCCCAAGCACCCCCUCCUGUCCAGAGGCUUGUACAGCUCUGGGAGCCAGGGUUCCAGCCACGAGCGCUGUUCCUUGUCCCAGUCCAGCUCAGCCCAGUCUCUCGAGGACCCCACUCCAUUCGCAGAACCCUCCUCCGAACACCCCCUGAGCCAUAAACCUGAAGACACCCACACCAUCAAGCAGAAGCUGGCGCUCCGCUUGAGCGAGAGGAAAAAGGUGAUCGACGAGCAGGCAUUUCUGAGCCCGGGCAGCAAAGGCAGCACCGAGUCCGGGUACUUCUCCCGCUCGGAGAGCGCCGAGCAGCAGGCCAGCCCCCCGAACACCAACGCCAGGUCCUACGCCGAGAUCAUCCUGGGCAAGUGCGGGCGGAUCGGGCAGCGGACCACCAUGCUGACGGCCACCUCCACGCAGCCCCUCCUGCCCCUGUCCACCGAAGACAAGCCCAGCCUGGUGCCUCUGUCUGUGCCCCGGACACAGGUCAUCGAGCACAUCACCAAGCUCAUCACCAUCAACGAGGCCGUGGUGGACACCAGCGAGAUAGACAGCGUGAAGCCCCGGAGGAGCUCGCUGUCACGGCGCAGCAGCAUGGAGUCGCCCAAGUCCAGCCUCUACCGGGAGCCCCUGCCGUCCCACAGCGAGAAGACGAAGCCCGAACCGUCACUGAUGAGCCUCCAGCACCCGCCCAGCACCACCCCCCCUGUGCCUCUGCUGAGAAGCCACUCAAUGCCUUCUGCCGCCUGCACCCUCAGUACCCCCCACCACCCCUUCCGCGGUAGCUACUCCUUCGACGACCACGUCACCGACUCCGAAGCCCUGAGCCGCAGCAGUCACGUGUUUACCUCCCACCCCCGGAUGCUCAAGCGCCAGCCGGCCAUCGAACUACCUUUGGGAGGGGAGUAUUCCGAGGAGGCAGGGCCAAGUAGCAAGGACACAGCCCCCAAACCCGCAGACGAGCCAGAACCCAAGGAAAGUGAACUCACCAAAAAGACCAAGAAGGGCUUGAAGACGAAAGGGGUGAUCUAUGAAUGUAACGUGUGUGGUGCUCGGUACAAGAAAAGGGACAACUACGAAGCCCAUAAGAAAUACUACUGCUCAGAGCUUCAGGUCCCCAAGCCGGUCUCUGCAGGUGCUCACGUGUCUCUGGAAGCCGAGAAGAGCCCGGCCGAGCAGGAGCCCUGGUCCCAGGUGAUGCAUUAUAAACUGGGGGCCACCUUGGAGCUCACUCCGUUGAGGAAGAGGAGGAAAGAGAAGAGCCUUGGGGACGAGGAGGAGCCACCUGCCUUUGAGUCCCCGAAAAGUCAGUUUGGCAGCCCCAGGCCAUCCGAUGCCGCUCGGAACCUUCCCCUGGAGGCCACCAAGUCACCAGCAGAACCAAGUAAGUCAGUGCCCUCCCUGGAGGGAACCUCGGGCUUCCAGCCAAGGACUCCUAAGCCAGGGGCUGGUUCGGAAUCAGGAAAGGAGAGGAGAACAACGUCCAAAGAAAUUUCUGUCAUCCAGCACACCAGCUCCUUUGAGAAGUCAGACUCUCUGGAGCAAGCCGGUGGCUUGGAAGGGGAAGACAAGUCUACGGCCCCAGCCCCAUUCUCCUCGCCCCCGCCCACCCCGCACGGACGCUCAGCUCACUCCCUGCAGCCCAAGUUGGUCCGCCAGCCCAACAUUCAGGUUCCUGAGAUCCUGGUGACCGAAGAGCCCGACCGGCAGGACACAGAGCCCGAGCCGCCCCCGAAGGAGCCCGAGAAGACGGAGGAAUUCCAGUGGCCCCAGCGCAGCCAGACCCUUGCCCAGCUCCCGGCAGAGAAGCUGCCACCCAAGAAGAAGAGACUGCGCCUGGCGCAGAUGGCCCAGUCAUCGGGGGAAUCCAGCUUCGAGUCCUCCUUGCCUCUGUCCCGCAGCCCCAGCCAGGAGAGCAGUGUCUCUGUGAGUGGGUCUAGCCGCUCUGCCUCCUUUGAGAGGGACGACCACGGAAAAGCCGAGGCCCCCAGGCUGUCAUCCGACACACGCUCCAAACCCUUGGGCACGCACAUGCUGACGGUCCCCAGCCACCACACACACACCCGGGAGAUGCGGAGGUCAGCCUCAGAGCAGAGUCCCGACGUUUCCCAUUCGGCCCACAUGACCGAGAGGCGCAGCAAAUCAUUUGACUGUGGCAGCUUGUCCUUGGCAGGCCCUUCUGCCCCGGCCCCAGUGGCUCCAGCAGCCCCCGCAGCCCCAGCGGCCCCUCCAGAGAGAAGGAAAUGCUUUUUGGUGAGACAGGCCUCCCUGAGCAGGUUUCCAGAAACAGAGCUGGAGGCCACCCCCAUGGGAAGACAGGAGAGUGAGGAGCCAAAGCCCUCAUCCAGUAAAACUGUGGCCAAAAGCUCACUGCCCCAGAUUUCCUCAGCGGCCACCUCACACACUGGGCACCCGGGAGGCAAAGGCCAGGUGCAGGACAGACCCCCACUGGGGUCCACUUCACCCUUCACAGAAGCACUGCAGGUGCUCCACCACCCCAUUGCCCAGCUGCCCCUGCAUGAGAAACCAUGUCUGCCCCCACCCGUCUCCCUUUUCUCCUUCCAGCACCUCUUGCAGCACGAGCCAGGACAGUCUUCAGAAUUCUUCUCCUCCCAGUCCAUGUCCAGCCUCCUCUCCUCACCAUACUCCAUGCCCCCAAUUCCUCCCUCCUUAUUUCAAGGCCCGCCAUUUCCUCUCCAACCUACUGUUUUGCAACCAAGCCAACUCCCCCUCCCCCAGCUCAUGCCUCACCCUACCAGCAUCCCCUUCCGGCAGCCCCCUUCUUUUCUCCCCAUGCCAUACCCGUCCUCCUCAGCACUCUCUUCUGGGUUUUUCCUGCCUCUCCAAUCCCAGUUUUCCCUUCAGCUCCCUGGCGACGUGGAAAGUCGUCUGCCACAGAUUAAAACCAGCCUGGCCCCACUGGCAACAGGAACAGCUGGCCUCUCCUCCAGCACAGAGUACGGCAGUAACAUCCAGCUGCCCCCCGUGCCUCCCCCAUCCAGCUCCUCAGUGCCCAUGUCAGCCCCUCCGUUGGCCUUGCCCGCCUGCCCAGAUACCAUGGUGUCCCUGGUUGUACCCGUCCGAAUUCAGACCAACAUGCCAUCCUAUGGGAGUGCCAUGUACACCACCCUCUCCCAGAUCCUGGUCACCCAGUCCCAAGGCAGCUCAGCAACUAUAGCUCUUCCUAAGUUUGAGGAGCCCUCAUGUAAAGGGACGACAGUGUGUGGGGCAGAUGUGUACGAAGCCAGGCUUGGGCCAGCUGGGGUAAGUGAAGAGCAGAGCAGAGGUUUCCAGACUCCAUACCUGAGAGUGCCUGUGACGUUACCUGAAAGAAAAGGCACUUCCCUGUCAUCAGAGAGUGUCUUGAGCCUGGAGGGGAGUUCAUCGACAGUGGGGGGAAGCAAACGUGUCCUUUCACCAGCUGGCAGCCUUGAACUUACCAUGGAAACCCAGCAGCAAAAACGGGUGAAGGAAGAGGAGGCUUCCAAGGCAGAUGAAAAACUGGAACUGCUAAAAUCAUGCAGUGUGGUGCUUACCAGCACCGAGGAUGGCAAGAGGCCAGAGAAAUCCCCCUUGGGCAGCCAGGGCCAAGUCAGGAGGGAGCUAGAAUUGCUGUCCAGCUUGCCCACAGAUCCAUCUGACCCAAAGGAAAUUGCUCCCCUUCCUCACCCUACACUGCCCCAUGUGACAGCUCCAGGCUCAGAGGCUUUGAAGGAAUAUGUGCAGCCAUCUGGUAAACACCACCGAAGAGGGUUGCCCCCACUGAGUGUGAAGAAAGAAGAUUCCAAGGAACAACCUGACCUCCCUUCACUGGCACCUCCCAGCUCUCUUCCUCUGUCAGAAACAUCCCCCAAAUCAGCCAAGUCUCAAGAAGGUACGGACUCAAAGAAGGUACUGCAGUUCCCCAGCCUCCACACGACCACUAAUGUCAGUUGGUGCUAUUUAAACUACAUUAAGCCAAAUCACAUCCAGCAUGCAGAUAGGAGGUCCUCUGUUUACGCUGGUUGGUGCAUAAGUUUGUACAACCCCAACCUACCAGGGGUUUCCACUAAAGCUGCUUUGUCCCUCCUGAGGUCUAAGCAGAAGGUGAGCAAAGAGACAUACACCAUGGCCAUAGCUCCGCAUCCUGAGACAGGAAGGCUCGUGCCAUCCAGCUCCCACAAGCCCCGCAUGACAGAGGUUCACCUCCCUUCGCUGGUUUCCCCGGAAGGCCAGAAAGAUGUAGCUAGAGCGGAGAAGGAAGAAGAGACGCGAGGGAAGCCCGAGGAGGAUGCUCCCGCCUCCAAGAGAGGGGAGCCAGCGAGGAUCAAAAUCUUCGAAGGAGGGUACAAAUCAAACGAAGAGUAUGUAUAUGUGCGAGGCCGCGGCCGAGGGAAAUAUGUUUGUGAGGAGUGUGGAAUUCGCUGCAAGAAGCCCAGCAUGCUGAAGAAACACAUCCGCACCCACACUGACGUCCGGCCCUAUGUGUGCAAGCACUGUCACUUUGCUUUUAAAACCAAAGGGAAUCUGACUAAGCACAUGAAGUCGAAGGCCCACAGCCUUGCUCAUAGGGGAGCCAGCACUGAAAUACUAAUGAAGAAAUCAAACAACAAAAAGAGGGCUGUCGCAUUUGCUGUGGUUCAGCGCCAGCCCUACUAUGUACCUCACUUGGGAACCAGUGACGACCCGCUCCAGGACUCGGAAGGGCGAGAGGGCUCGGAGGCUGUGGCGGAGCACCAGUUUUCAGACCUGGAGGACUCAGACUCAGACUCAGACCUGGAUGAAGACGAGGAUGAGGAUGAGGACGAGAGCCAGGAUGAGCCGUCGGGACCAUCCCCGGAGGCACCCCUGCCCUGCCCGCCGGCCACGCUGCCAGCAGACUCCUCACCCAUUCGGGGCCCGCAGCCCCCAGAUGCCACCUCUGGCAACCAGACCACGUGGGGCAGCUCAGUCUCGGAAGCAGGCAGUUGCUCCAGGUCCAGCCAAAGCAUCCUGUGCCUCCCUCGGCUGGGGCCAGCCCUUCCGGGCCCCGUGGAGAAGGACACCAGCUCAGCCCUGAGCUCCAAGGCCUCGUCCCCGAGCAGGCCAUGGUCCCCCAGCAAGGAAGCAGGCAGCCGCUCACCACUUGCCCACAAACACCCACUAACCAAAAGCGACUCUCCCCAGCGACAUUCACCGGCCGGAGAGCCACAGGCCUCGGCCCUGUGCCUGCCCGGCUCCCAGAUCGGCCCUCUCCCUUGUGGGUCUCCAAGACUGGAGCUGUCUCCUCUCACCCUCCGCCCCCUGGGAAGGGAACUGCCCCCUCGAGUGCAUCUGCCCCCCGGACAAGAGGGUGCCAAAGACCCAGGCCCCCCCAGAGACUCGCCCACCAGGAGCCGGUCACCAGGCCAGGCCGAGUCACCACCACGGUCAGUGCUGCCAGGGAAGUGGGCCUUGGCUGGGCCGGACAGCCCCUCAGCGGCUGAGUGCGGCCCAAGCUCGGGGCUGGCCCCGUGGGCUCUCUACAGGCCCACGCCUCUACCUCACAAGCUUCUCGGCAGAAGCCCCGCGCCCUGCGCCUCCACAUGGCAGAAGGCUGAGUCCCGAAGUCCCUCCUGCUCACCUGGCCCUGCUCAUCCGGUCUCCUCCCGACCCUUCUCUGCCCGCCACGACUUCCACGGCCACAUGCCGGCCCGGACAGAGAACAUCUUCAGCCACCUCCCUCUGCACUCACAGCACUUGGCCCGCGCCCCGUGCCCCCUGAUUCCCAUCGGUGGGAUCCAGAUGGUGCAGGCCCGGCCCGGGGCCCACCCCACCCUGCUGCCAGGGCCCACCAAGGCCUGGGUCAGUGGCUUCUCCUGGGGUGGCAGCGACCUGACAGGAGCCCGGGAGGCCCAGGAGCGAGGCCGCUGGAGUCCUACUGAGAGCUCCUCAGCCUCCGUGUCCCCUGUGGCUAAGGUCUCCAAGUUCACACUGUCCUCGGAGCUGGAGGGCAGGGACUGCCCCAAGGAGACGGAGAGGACGAGCGGAGGCCUGGGCAGACCUCCCGACUGGGAGUCCCAUGGGGCUGUGUCUGCAGAGUCCGCGCCCACGCACAGCCCCCACUCCCCGCCCGAGGCCUCGCCCCGGCCCCCCCAGGGCCGCCGGGCAGAGUCCUGGAGCCCCCGCGUGGAGUCACCGCACACGCUGGCCAACCCCCUCAUUCUCUGCCCUUAG